GGCGGAAGGGGCGGGCUGAGACGGGUGCUGGGGGGGCGCCCGCGCGCGUGGGGAGCUGCGGGCGGCGCGGCGCGGCGCGGGGGGGCCGGGGGCGCGGCGGGAGGGGUCGGGGGGGCGGCGCGCGGGCGGCCCCUCCUCCUGCCAGGUCCGGGCGGGCGCCUGGAGCCGCCGGAGUUUCCGCACCCGGGAGGGAGAUGCGGCCAGGGCUCAGGCUCCUUGCAGUUGUAAUUUAGAUUCGAGAAGUGGUUUAUCCUUUGACUGGAAAAGAAAAGUAGCUGCAGUAUUCCCCCAGCGCUUGCUGAGAGCAUGCCUUAUGCCAGGCUGUGAGGCUCGAGAGACAAGCAGUGGAAGAGUUGUGGCCUGUUUCAUCUCUAGAUUGUAAAUCUGAGCCUCCUUCUGGCCCCUGGAAAAGGACAGCAUCACCAUGGAAUGGUGUGUCCCGUUGCCUGUUGGAUCUGUCUCCAUCUUCACUCAGACAGAAGGCUAUAGAAAGAUGCUUGUGACUUCAGGUGGCCUAUUUGGCUGGCUUCUUAUUGAUUCCAUAAUCUGGGGUAUCCACUUAGAGAUCCGGAAACAGAUACAUCCAAACUGCCUUCCCAGUCAGGGGGCUGGGAUUCUCUUUCAUCUCAGCAGGAAAAGAACAGGGUCCAGGUCCCUUAGUAAAGACAGGAGCCUCGGUACCAAUCAACCAGAUACUAAAAGGGAUUUCCCACAGAAAAUCAUUCUGUGCCUCUGCUUUCAGCCUUCUGGAAGAAAAUAUUAAUAAUAAUAGCUGGCCUCCCCUGAGCCUUCAUUACAGCCAGGCAGUGCUGGGAAUCCUAUUUAACCCUCAUGACAACUCUGGAAGGUAGGCACUCUUACCAUCCCCAUUUUAGUGUUGAGGAAACAGGCCCAGAGAGGUCAAGUAAGUUGCCAGAGGUACCCCAGGUCAGAACCGAGCAGUCUGACCCAAACCUGAUCCUGGUAAAUCCAAAGAAAGCACCUGUCCAGGAUGUGGUGGGAAUGGGGACAGAUAAAAGUGUGAGUUUAGGGGUAGGUUGAGAUUUGUUUUGGCGAAUUCCAAGGCAGGAAGCUGUUAGGCACCGCUCACCACUGGGCGUUAAGAUGCUUUGCAGAGGGCCGCAGGGGGUGGGCUCGGAGAGGAAAGGGGUUGUGCACAGGACCGCACAACUAACACAUGGCAAGGAUGAGGCACAAGCAUCCCCGGCGAGAAACAUUAUGCCCAUUUGAAAGAAAAGUUCAAAAUAGUAUGUAUUUUUAUCUUGACUCUUUCACCAGGAUUGAAGGUCAUAUCCUCACAUAGAAUAGCCUCCCUUCCUUUCCUUUGUAUGGCUCAGCCUUUUCUGGGACAAGAUAUUGUCCCCACCAGUCAUUUCCUCUGUCUGUCCUCUGUGUUGAGCCAGUAGCCUAGGAACCCAGCAUUCGAUCCUGUGCCCCGCCUGAGGAUUUCUCUGUUCGACUCCCCUGUCUCUGUGUCAGAGUCUCAGCUCCCUGGCCUGUGUGCCUGAGUGCUACAAAUAGACCAUAAGCUCUUUGAGAAGCAGGAUUGUGUUUUACACACGACCCUCUCCCCUGCCACACACACAGUGUGCUAAAACCCAACAAUGACCAUUUAUUGAUUUUUCUUGAUUGGAUGAGGUAAGAUGGUAACUUUUUUUUUAAGCUUUGUAAACUGGUUCAAGGACAAUUAAAAAUGAUUUGCCCUGUGGGGUUGAUGAGGAUACCAUUACAUUCAUAUUUCUGAACGAUAUUCCAGCAUCAGAAACCAAAGGGCAUCUGAUUUGAUAGAUCCUGUGGUCGGGCCCAGGAAUCUGCAUGUGUCCCGUGUGACUUUUCUGCCCACUAAAGUUUGGGAAGCACAGCUUCAAAUUGUUAAUGAUCACAUCCUAUAAAAUCAUAGCAUAAAUGACUAUCUAGCUCUUACGGUGCGCACUGCAGAAACGGUCCUACCAGUGUUGAUGAAUAUUUAUACGGUGUUGUUUUUCCUGCAGAUUCCUAACCAGCAUAAUGCUGGAGCCAGGAGCCACCAGCCUGCAGUUUUCAGAAUGGCCAUGUUGGACACUGAUUUGGAUCACAUUCUUCCAUCUUCUGUUCUUCCUCCAUUCUGGGCUAAGUUAGUAGUGGGAUUGGUUGCCAUUGUGUGUUUUGCACGCAGCUAUGAUGGAGACUUUGUCUUUGAUGACUCAGAAGCUAUUGUUAACAAUAAGGACCUCCAAGCAGAAACGCCCCUUGGGGACCUGUGGCACCAUGACUUCUGGGGCAGUAGACUGAGCAGCAACACCAGCCACAAGUCCUACCGGCCUCUCACUGUCCUGACUUUCAGGAUUAACUACUACCUCUCGGGAGGCUUCCACCCCGUGGGCUUUCACGUGGUCAACAUCCUCCUGCACGGUGGCAUCUCUGUCCUCAUGGUGGACGUCUUCUCGGUUCUGUUUGGCGGCCUGCAGUAUACCAGUAAAGGCCGGAGGCUGCACCUCGCCCCCAGGGCGUCCCUGCUGGCCGCGCUGCUGUUUGCUGUCCAUCCUGUGCACACCGAGUGUGUUGCUGGUGUUGUCGGCCGUGCAGACCUCCUGUGUGCCCUGUUCUUCUUGUUAUCUUUCCUUGGCUACUGUAAAGCAUGUAGAGAAAGUAACAAGGAGGGAGCACAUUCUUCCACCUUCUGGGUGCUGCUGAGUAUCUUUCUGGGAGCAGUGGCCAUGCUGUGCAAAGAGCAAGGGAUCACUGUGCUGGGUUUAAAUGCGGUAUUUGACAUCUUGGUGAUAGGCAAAUUCAAUGUUCUGGAAAUUGUCCAGAAGGUACUACAUAAGGACAAGUCAUUAGAGAAUCUUGGCAUGCUCAAGAACGGGGGCCUCCUCUUCAGGAUGACCCUGCUCACCUCCGGAGGGGCUGGGAUGCUCUACGUGCGCUGGAGGAUCAUGGGCACGGGCCCGCCGGCCUUCACCGAGGUGGACAACCCGGCCUCCUUUGCUGACAGCAUGCUGGUGAGGGCCAUAAACUACAAUUACUACUAUUCAUUGAAUGCCUGGCUGCUGCUGUGUCCCUGGUGGCUGUGUUUUGAUUGGUCAAUGGGCUGCAUCCCCCUCAUUAAGUCUGUCAGCGACUGGAGGAUAAUUGCACUUGCAGCACUCUGGUUCUGCCUAAUUGGCCUAAUAUGCCAAGCCCUGUGCUCUGAAGACGGCCACAAGAGAAGGAUCCUUACUCUGGGCCUGGGAUUUCUCGUUAUCCCAUUUCUCCCCGCGAGUAACCUGUUCUUCCGAGUGGGCUUCGUGGUCGCGGAGCGUGUCCUCUACCUCCCCAGCGUUGGGUACUGUGUGCUGCUGACUUUUGGAUUCGGAGCCCUGAGCAAACAUACCAGGAAAAAGAAACUCAUUGCCACUGUCGUGCUGGGGAUCUUAUUCAUCAACAUGCUGAGAUGUGUGGUGCGCAGCGGCGAGUGGCGGAGUGAGGAACAGCUUUUCAGAAGUGCUCUUUCUGUGUGUCCCCUCAAUGCUAAGGUUCACUACAACAUUGGCAAAAACCUGGCUGAUAAAGGCAACCAGACAGCCGCCAUCAGAUACUACCGGGAAGCUGUAAGAUUAAAUCCCAAGUAUGUUCAUGCCAUGAAUAAUCUUGGAAAUAUCUUAAAAGAAAGGAAUGAGCUACAGGAAGCUGAGGAGCUGCUGUCUUUGGCUGUUCAAAUACAGCCAGACUUUGCUGCUGCGUGGAUGAAUCUAGGCAUAGUGCAGAACAGCCUGAAACGGUUUGAAGCGGCAGAGCAAAGUUACCGGACGGCAAUUAAACACAGAAGGAAAUACCCAGAUUGUUACUACAACCUCGGGCGUCUGUAUGCAGAUCUCAAUCGCCACGUGGAUGCCUUAAAUGCGUGGAGAAAUGCCACGGUGCUGAAACCAGAGCACAGCCUGGCCUGGAACAACAUGAUUAUACUCCUCGACAACACAGGUAAUUUAGCCCAAGCUGAAGCAGUUGGAAGAGAAGCACUGGAAUUAAUACCUAAUGAUCACUCUCUCAUGUUCUCGUUGGCAAACGUGCUGGGGAAAUCCCAGAAAUACAAGGAAUCUGAAGCUUUAUUCCUCAAGGCAAUUAAAGCAAAUCCAAAUGCUGCAAGUUACCAUGGUAAUUUGGCUGUGCUUUAUCAUCGCUGGGGACAUCUAGACUUGGCCAAGAAACACUAUGAAAUCUCCUUGCAGCUUGACCCCACGGCAUCAGGAACUAAGGAGAAUUAUGGUCUGCUAAGAAGAAAGCUAGAACUAAUGCAAAAGAAAGACGUCUGAUCCUUUUUCCUUUGUGUUUUGAGUUUGAGUGUGUGUGUGCAUGAGGCGUAUCAUCAAUAGUAUGUGGUUACAUUUAACCAUUUAAAAGUCUUAGCCAUGUUAUUUUACUGAUUUUUUUCUAUGAAAACAAAGACAUGCAAAAAGAUUAUAGCACCAGCAAUAUACUCUUGAAUGCUUGAUAUGAUUUUUCAUUGAAAUCGUAUUUUUUCAGACAACUCAAAUGUAAUUCUAAAAUUCCAAAAUUGUCUUUUUUAAUUAAACAGAAAAAGAGAAAAAAUUAUCUUGAGCAACUUUUAGUAGAAUUGAACUUACAUUUGGGAUCUGAGCCUUGUCGUGUAUGGACUAGCACUAUUAAACUUCAAUUAUGACCAAGAAAGGAUAGACUGACCCCUACAAUUUGUAUAAAUAUUGAACAUGUCUAUAUAUUAGCAUUUUUAUUUAAUGACAAAGCAAAUUAAGUUUUUUUAUCUCUUUUUUUAAAACAAUAUACUGUGAACUUUGUAAGGAAAUAUUUAUUUGUCUUUUUAUGUUUUGAAUAGGGCAGAUAAUCGAAUGAGGAAUGGAAGUUUUAACGUAGUAUAUCUACAUGCUUUUCCCCAUAGGAGGAAAUUGACUCUUGCAGUUUUUGAUGCUCUGACUUGUACAAUUUCAAUACAUAGGAGGUUAUGUAAUGUAAUACUUUACAUAAACGAUUACUAUCAAUUGAAAGUUCAAGCCAUGCUUUAGGCAAGAGCAGGCAGCCUCACAUCUUUAUUUUUGUUACAUCCAAGGUGAAGAGGGCAACACAUCUGUGUAAGUUGCUUUUUAGUGUUUUUAACUGAAAAGCCGUUUUCCAUUUUGCUUAAUGAAACUACAGACAUUACUCUAUCCAGAAAAUGCAAAAUUUUCUCUGAAAUGGAGCCACAUUCAGGGAAUUUGUGGUAUUUUUAAGAAUUGAGUUGUUCCUGCUGUUUUUUAUUUGAUCCAAACAAUGUUUUGUUUUGUUCUUCUCUGUAUGCUGUUGACCUGAUGAUUUAUGCAAUCUCUGUAAUUUCUUAUGCAGUAAAAUUAUUACACAAACUAGCAUGAAAAUGUCAUAUUGCCUUCUUAAUCGAUGAUUUUCAAGUAGUGAACUUUGUAUCCUCCUUUACCUUAAAAUGAAAUCAAAGUGACCAAAUCA